ACGACAAUCUACAUCAAGACCCAACGAUUUAAACUGGAAGGGCCCUCCGAAGAGGAGUUACACGAACCCCAGGAGGGGAGGGCUACAACCAUAUCGGACAAUGCGCAACCAACAACAGAGGAAUUAAAGAAAAACACAUCCCCUUCACGAAACACUUACCCUGGUGGUAGGACACUUGUCAGGGAGGCUUUCAUGAAGAGAGGAGCAUCCGAAGAAGCAGCCGACGUCUUGCUGGCCUCAAUCUCCGAGGGAACGUUGAAGCAAUACGAGAAACCGAUCGAGUCGUGGUGGUAUUACACUCAAGAGCACCGCCUCCAAAUACACGAAUGCUCUACCUCAUCAGCUCUAGACUUCUUUACAGAAAUCUUUCACUCGGGAAUUUCAUAUAGUACAUUAAAUAUCUACAGAGCGGCAAUAUCGCUUCUUACGGCAAAUCAAUUGGGCAAAGACAAUAUCGUUUCGAGAUACUUUAAAGGGGUCUCCUCGAUAAAUCCACCGAAACCGAAAUAUGAAGAGACAUGGGACCCUCAAGUAGUUCUAACUUAUCUGCAAUCACUAGGUGAAAAUGAAAAACUAUCUUUAGAAAUGAUAACAAAAAAAUUAGCGACAAUAUUAGCACUAAUAUCAGCACAAAGAGUGCAAACGUUAGCAGCUAUUGAACUAAACAACAUCAACACGGGGGUCGAGCCAAUACAAAUAAAAAUAACAUCGAGAAUAAAAACUACAGGACGCAAUAGGUUCCAACCGAUUUUAGAAGUCCCAACAUUUCCAGACAACAAGGUACUGUGUGCAGCAACAAUAUUAAAGAAAUAUAUCGAGAAAACAAGAGAGAUACGUGCAGUUUCUAAGGAAGAAAAACUCUUCCUGACUUACAAAAAACCGCACCACGCAGCUACUACACAAAGUAUUAGUAGAUGGAUAAAAGACGUGCUGAAUGAAAGCGGAAUAGACACGGAAACCUUUUCCACACACAGCACCAGGCACGCUGCGACAUCAGCAGCAGCGCGCAGAGGAGUCAACCUGGAAACCAUCCGCAAGGCAGCAGGAUGGACACCUAAAUCGUCAGUAUUCGCCAAAUUUUACAAUCGUCCAAUUACAAAGAAAUCAAUAUUUUCAGAGGCAAUACUGCAAUAAAAACGAGAUGAUUCUAUUCUUUUUUCUUUAUAUUCCAUUUCUUCAUUUAAUUACUCUAAUUAUAUUCGGAAAUUUGUUUCAUUAUCUUGUUCAUAAUAAAUACAAUUUUAUUAAAUAAAAAAUAAUGUAAACGGAGAAUAGAGUAAAUCACUUCAUCACUCUAAACAUCUACAUAAUUUUGAUCUUGAGGACGAGGCAGCGAAGUACAAUUAAUAAAUUGAACGAACUUACCCUAAGUGAAGUUCAAUUGUAAUUGUAUGAGCUGCCUCGUCCGAAGAGAUCAAACCCUCCCGUCCCUUGACUACCAUCGAAGUCCCCAAAAAUAACAAGUGAUUUACUUUAAACUUUAAAAAUGUAAUGACAGGAAGCGGAAGAGUAGGAAGCGACACAUAUAAGUGGCGCUAAAAACUUUAGAAUUUGAAAUACUGUGGCGGAACAAA